AUGGCACCGGCACCCGCCGCGCUCCCUUCGCGGUUUCCAUGCUGGUGCAGAGCAGUUUACUCGUGGGGAGGAGAGUCCAAACGAGAUCUGGGAUUCAUUGAGGGAGACUUGAUUGAAUGUUUGAACGCCGGCGACGGCUCGUGGUGGGUUGGUCGACUCUACCGAGACCGAAGGACGGUUGGCUCUUUUCCCUCCAACUUUGUCGAGCUUCUUCCCGAGGAAUUCCGUCCCAUGACAAGAUCCGUCAGCCCUCUGCCAGGACGCAAUCCUUCGAAUUCCAAAACCCUGCCGGCCAAAUCCAAAACAUUUCGCAAACCCUUUGAAGCUUAUGCCAAAGCUCCGCAUUACACUACUGCCAAAACACCGACCUCGUAUCGCGACCCCCCUGCCGCCCCUCCGCCCUCAGCUCCGCCUCCAGCUCCGUCCCCGGCUCCAACUCCAAGGUCUCAGCAACAUCGGGCUGUAGACAACUCCGCAAACUCUUUUCGCACAUCUGUUCACGAUGCCAUCGGCAGAGUGCCUUCUCCGACCCCCGUCCACGGUUAUGGCUCUCGGGCACCAUCUCCCGCCCCAACACCAAGCUACAUGACGUUGAACCGUACAAGCUCACCAGACAGAGACCAUGUUCCGCCUCCUGCUCCUCCUCCUCAUCGUCAUGUUGCCGCUGCAUCGCAUGACAUGUCUCGCCAAGGAUCAAACGCUUCCUUCCGUCCAUACUCUCCUGCCGUCGUGACUCGACAUGAGUCCAGCGCUUCCUUUCAUCACCAGCAGCAGACGCCCAGGCAGUCUUCAUACGCUAUUCAGGAAGACAAGCAGUACCAACGUGAAAUGGAUGGACAGUACACUCCUCUUGACCGGUCACCACGCCAAACUUCGUCUGAUGAACUACACAUGACUCCAUCUCCGCUGCGCGAAGCAAUGGACGGUGUCAUGGAGCAGCUCGACCAGCUCGAUGGUCUCGGGAGUAGUUGGCCCAGUGAGCAGCAACAGCACCAACGCGCCCAAGACGAGCAGCCUUUGGAUCCUUGGGCCCCCGAAUCGUUUGACAUGUUUGCGCGCAAGUCUAGACAAAGACAAGUGGAACGCGCAAGACCUGUAACGUCAUCGGGCCCCCUUCCCCAUGACGAGGGCUACGAGACCUGGAGUGGCGAAUCAUCUCAGCACACUUCAUAUCAAAAAGGGAUGCGCGGCAAAGGUCAUGCCCUUCCGGAGCUUGGCGACUACGUUGAGCGAAUGGAGAAGAGGCUCAGGAAUACGCCCCAUCACAACAGUGCCGGCGCAGGCAUGGCAGCCGACAUUGACCUGGAUGCUUCCGGCGACGAUGUUCCACCACCGCCACCACCCAAAGGAAAACACUACCAGAGACCCAAGUCCUCUGCUGGCGAUCCCAGCGAUCAAUCAAGGCAAAUCGAGAAUCGCAAGUCGGCGUACGAGAUGGGCAGAGGCCACGCUGGUGAUGGCAGCAUUUCAAGAACGCUAACGACGAGAACAAACACCACAAACGCUUCGUCAGGCAACCAAAGUCACACGAGCUCAUCGACUCAAAGCAGCGGCCGGACGUUAUGGAGCGGCGUGUCAGCCGGUGGUUUUAGCUCGACGAGUGCCGGAAGCAUGGCUCGUCAACAACAUAUGCGCACGCAGAGUGCUAUGGACACUCGUGAAGCGGAUACGGACCGGCCAGAUUCUCCUUUUACAGGAGUAACAUAUCACAGCAGUCAUGCCAGUAAUGCAGCCGCGGGGAACCGACAAAGAGCUCAGACCCUUCUUGAAGACGAGCUCACUGGCAGCUUGGGCGGCCUGGUCCAACCGAGAGCACCCAAGCGGAACAUUUUCAAAAAGAUAUUUGAUUCCGCCAAGACGGGUGUGGCCAGUAACAGGGGAAGCAUUGCGGCCGGCUCCAUAGCCGGGGGCUCGGCUCGAGCCUCGCCUUUCGACCGCCCGCGGCCGAUGGCAGCUUCGUCGGGACUGGGGUCGAGAAUUACUCCCGUCAAUGGCAAUUCCUAUGGAUCUGAUGCGGCUCGCGAGAUGGGGCUGUCCAGCGGCAGCAGCGUGGACUGGGUUCAGGUACGCCGCGACGUCAACAGGUCGAAUUCCCUGAGUAAAGCAGAGAGGAUCGAGCGCCAGGAUCGCUGCCAGACCCUCGAACACCCGGUACUCAAUCCGGUAGAUGAGCUCUACGAAGGCAUCGAGGGUGACGAAGCAGCAGACGGGAUGCCAGUGCGGGACGCCGUGAACUACCAAUCCAUCAACCUGAGCCAGGUGGAUAAGAACUCGAGGUUCGUUGGGGACCUGCCACCCAUGACGACAGCCACACAACUGGCAACCACCUACGUCUGCCGACCGUACAGGAGCGAUGUGCAGCGAAUUCGAGCCAUUUUCACAUGGGUAUCGGAAAAGAUUUGCUGGGAGGAAGAUUUUGAAGGACAGGUAGACACACGCCACGUCAUCCAGGCCAAGCGAGCUUGCGCCGAGGAGUACGCCGUGCUUGUCAUGGAAAUGUGCGCUGCGGUUGGCAUAGAAUGCGAGAUUGUCAGAGGCCAUCUCAAAGCGCCUGGGGACAUUUAUGAUAUUCACACGGCGCCUCGUCCGAACCACUGGUGGAAUGCAGUCAUAGUGGACAAUGAGUGGCGUGUCAUCGAUUGCUGCUUGGCCAGUCCUUCAAAUCCGAAGCGCGGCUUGUAUUCCAGCACCAGCGCGUCAACCGCGGACUCUUGGUGGUUUCUCGCUCGGCCGACAGAAGCUUGCUGGACACAUGUGCCGGAGCACCAUGAUCAGCAGCACAUCGUCCCCCCCGUGGCCCAUGAGACUCUGCUAAACCUCCCGUGCACUUGCCCCGCAUUCUUCCGCCACGAGAUGGAGAUGGUGGAUUACAACACGGCCGUCACCAGGAUCGAAGAUCUCGAGAUGGUGCACGUCAAACUCAACGUGCCCGGGGACGUUGAAAUAGCAGCGGAGGUGGAGGCUCGAACUCUGACGCGGGACGCGGACGGCGACGUCUUCGAAAGCGGCGACACUGUCAAGAAGAGAGCUCUCGCGCAGGCGGAAUGGCACAACGGCGUCAAGCGGUACACAAUCAAAGCGCUUUUACCGGGCGAUGAGGGUCAAGGAAUAUUGAAGGUGUACGCUGGAAAACGAGGAUUGAUGCAAAGUAUCAAAGACAUUCCUCAUCCUCUGGCGUUUGCGCUGCCCGUAAUGCACACUGGGGAAAACCCGCCUUACGAGUUUGUCACAAGGCAUCCCACACCGCACGCCCAACGGCACGACAUCUAUGUGGUGCAGCCGCAAUGCCAAAGGCUGGCGCUCAACAACACGUUCGUCUUUGCCAUUAGACAACACCCGAGCACGGCAUUGAGCGGACCAAGUUCAGCAUUGACACCGGCAUCGAACCCGGGUCGAGCAAGCCCAAACCCGUUUGCGAGGCCCAGCUCCGCCAUGAGCAUGAACGCCCCGAGCGCGAGCGGAUCGAAUCCGAGCUCGGCGAGCGGCACUAUUGCGGGGAAGAAGCCUGCCAAGCUAGCCAUUCAAACGCCAGGCGGCAAGAUCCUCCGUCUGAUGCGAAAGGAGGAUCGAAAAGGCAUUGCUGUGGGCGGAAAGGGCUUAUCCAGCGACGAAGAUGUCAGCGACGGCGGUACAUGGGAGACGAUAAUCAAGUGUUCUGAACGAGGCGUGUGGAGAGGCUUGGUAUUGGCAGACCGGACAGCAAGAUGGUGCGUGUUUGCUGAAUGGGUCUGCGUGGGAUGA